AUGGCCACGCUCUCACAAUUGCCAAACGAGAUACUCAUGACAAUCGCGCUUGAGGUUGAGCCGGGCGACGUAGUGAAUUUUGCAACGGCUUGCAAGAUAGUGUAUUAUGCAUCAGAGGCAGCCUUGAAAAGGCACGUGGCGCUGCAACUACAAUAUCAGAAAAUAAAAAAUCACGAUAAUGGAACCUUUCGAAGCUUGUCGUGGCUUCUUCGGGAAGUGUUAAAGAAUCCUCCGAUUGGGUACUAUGUACGAGAACUUUGGCUUCAUGGAUGGGUCGACGGCUUGUGGUCCCCCCAAGACGAGGAUAAAGAGUCUGACGUGCGAUUUGUCGCUGCCGCCUUUGAACAGUCUGGUCUACCAUUGUUGCCGUAUAAUGACGCAGCUAUCAAACUCAGGGAUCGAUGUAAGACCCUUACCAUCGUGCUUCUAUUCCUCCAUCUGCCAAGUCUUAGCCUGCUGCGUUGGAAGGUUGAAAUGGCAGAUAACGAAGACUACUUGGUACUUCAAUAUCUGCGGCACAUGUUCACUGAGUAUAGUCCACCGGUACUUACAAAGCUGCGGACUGUGAUUUUACAAGACCGGGACUGUACAUUGAGGAAUGGCGUCGGUAGUAUUCCAGAGCAUUUCAUAUCAUCAUUUUUCCUUUGCCCCUCAGUCCAGACUAUUAAAGCACGGACUAUCAACGAGCACUUCGGCUUACCUGGAGCUCCCGAGUCUCCAUCAGAACCACCAGCUAGACUUUCAAACGUUUCUGAACUCACUCUCAACUUUUACAGGAGGAGAGAUUGCUCUUCUGAGGAAGCUUACCGAUGGCUGGAUAAGAUGUUAGGCUCUAUCAAGGCUCUUCGCAAAUGCCAAUAUAGAAUGUUACCAUUUUCAACGGUUGGCGACGGGGGAAUGAACAAUCUGCUACAAAUUCACGCGCAGCAUUCGCUAGAAGAGUUGAAAUUCCCAUACCGUGGCAAGUUACAAGCGUUGCCUACUGGGUCUUUGAGACGUUUCACCAAACUCCGCGUCUUGGAAAUCGAGAUAAUCGGUCCAUAUAGAUACCCUGCCUCAAGGGCGACCUUCAAAGCUAGGGAACUCCCAAGAUCUUUACAGCAGCUCCGCUUGUGGAUCCAUGGCGACGAGUUCAUAGAAGUUUGUCUCGAGGAAGUUGAGGAGCUUAUUGAGCAGACGAAGAUGUUACCUCGCAUGACAAGCGUAGAAUUGUAUUGUCAUGAUUUACAUGACUUCUUAUCAAAACAGGAUGUGAAGAAGUGUCAAGAUCAGAUCAAGAUGAUACGGGAAAGAGGUCGUCAAGUUGGCGUGAGCGUGGACGUAAAAACCUGUGUCGGCCCGAGGACUGAUUUUUGA